AUGGCUGCUGCUAUGCAGGCUAUGGCUGCGGCAUUGGGAAAUCAAGCCGGUAAUGGGAAUGGUGGUGGCGGAAAAAAGGGGUCAAUGACCUUAGCAACCUUCCUGAAGGUAAACCCACCCAUCUUUAGAGAGACAACAGACCCCACAGAGGCAGAUAACUGGUUUCAGGCGAUGGAACAGGCUUUACAAGCACAACAAGUUCCUGAGAAACAACUUGUUAAAUUUGCAACUUAUCAGUUAAUGGGUGAAGCCCAGCAUUGGUGGCAAGGUACACGACGCUUGCUGCAGCAAGACGAUGUUGCCAUACCUUGGAAUGCCUUUCAAUUGGAAUUCUACAAAAAAUACUUCCCCAAUUUGGUCAGGACAGCUAAGGAGCUUUAA